CUGGGAAGUAUGUAUUUUAAGAGGUAGGCGAUUGCGAUCUGGGGACGACGCAAAGUUUCCCACGCGACAAACAAGCAUGGCGAACACGCUUGCGCCGUACUUGAAUGCUAUCCGAUCGACGUUGGAUGCCGCGCUGUGUCUGCAGAACUUUCCCUCGCAAGUGGUCGAACGACACAACAAGCCAGAAAUCGAAGUUGGGCUCAGCCGCGAACUGCUUUUGAACCCUGUGGUGAUCUGCCGGAACGAGAACGAAAAGUGUUGCAUCGAGCCCAGCAUCAACUCGACGCGGGUGUCCAUUUCCAUCAAGCAAGCCGACGAGAUCGAAACGAUCUUGUGUCACAAGUUCAGUCGCUUUCUCAUGCAGCGCGCGGAGCAGUUUAUCAUCAUGCGCCGCAAAGCCAUCGAGGGCUACUCGAUCAGCUUUCUCAUCAUUCACACGCACCUGGAGAACCUGUACAAGCACAAGCUGGUGGACUUUAUCAUUCAGUUCAUGGAAGACAUCGACAAGGAAAUCAGCGAGAUGAAGAUCAACCUCAACGCCCGUGGACGUGUCGUCGCCACCGAGUUCAUGAAGCAGUUUACGUCCUAAGACAUAGAGUGCAGCAUGUCCAUCAUCGUUGUGUCGGCGCUUUCUCAUGCAUUCCCCCCCACUUCGCUCUCCAUUCCUCGCACUACUCGCUUGUGAUUUCCUAAAAAGGGUAUUCUCCUGUGAGAUUUGAAUUUCUCGUGACAAAAACAGGGAUAUUGAAGCAAAGGGGGUGUAUUAUUAUGGUACAAGAUGCAUGCAAUCGCUUAAAUAGUUGAAGGAAGGGCUACAUGAUGGAGCACGAGCCUUGAGCGGCGUCGCCGCCGUUGUCGUCGCCGCAUGGAAGGAACUUCCCAAUAGCACACUGCUUCCAACACCGCUGGGCGUCCUUAGAAUGAAAGCGCAGGUCUUGUGUGCAGUCGACACCACCCGCCUUGCGCAAGAUGCACUUGGUUCCUGCAGGGUGUUGUUGGAUGACAUUCGUCACGUCGUACACGAUGCCGUUGGCAACCAGCCAGCAGGACGUGAGGGAUCGAUGGCGCUUGACUUCACACAGACAAAGCUUUACUCGAUCGCUGCAUCGAGUCUGUACGACGCACGUUCCUUUCUUUGGACUCUGGGGGGUCGAAGAUGGGGGUUGCUGGUCCGUAGUCGGAUCCACGUCGCUGUAGACCAACUCGACGCUUUGUCGCCGUUCUCGCGGAGGAAUGGGUGUUUCCAUGGGGGCAGUACAUUCUUCGAUCUCGAAUUGCUUGGCAUACGUCGACGAAGGGAGCGACAGCGGUUGCAGAUUACCCGACGACUUUCGCGACGUCUGUCGUGGACGCUCUGCGGAGUGUUGGCCUGACAUCUGCGCGUUCAUAGGGAUGUACGCGUCGGCGGAGUAUGAUGCAGGAAUGAUCAAUGACGUGGUCGGCCGCGGCAAGGGUUCGGCACCGCGGAUUGGGGAAUGAUGUGGCGCGAGGAAGAAAGCGGCGAUUUGUUGAUUCGAGGAACCAGUGGCGAUGUCGUUGGUGA